CGCAAGUGCGACAGAAGCUAACCGGGAAAUUGGUUUACGAAUCGCUAAUAGAUGGGUUUGGCGUAGAAAAGGGAAGGCGUUCAAUGUUAUUGUUUUGAAGUGGGAGGAACGUGCAUGUGGCGCGAACCGCGAAGGAAGAGUUUUGCUUCAAUAGUAAUCAGAAUGAAUUCGGUAUUUUUAUCGUGAAAGGUUCAAUUUUGAAGUCCCAGCUGUAAUGACAGGAUGGCGGAAGCGAUCGCUGACAUUCUUUCAAGCUUAGCUUCUUGUUCACAUGAUGAGGCAAGGGAUAAAAUAUCUGUUUUAAGAGAAACGUUUAGUGUUCCCCUUAACGCAGCACAACUAGAUUAUGCGUUUGCGACGCUCUUCGCAGAGGGGACCGGGAUCGUUAGCUACGUACGAAGAAAACUUAGCAGCAAUGAUCUUGGGGUCAGCGUUGCUGAAGCGCUCAAGUUGCUGGCGUUCCUCAUACUUCAGAAAUUCAAGAAGUGGCUGGAAGACUACAUUGUCGAUAUCAAGAAUGUGUGCAUGAGUUGCGUUGUUCGGAAUCAAACAUCGGCCGAUCAGAAGGUGAAAGCACUUGAAGUUCUGCAAGCGAUCUUUGAAAAUGGUCCGUGGCAAAGAGACCUGGGCGUACAAGAUGUGAUCUGCAAGGUGCUGAACAAGAUAACUCGCAGAGAGUUUACUUCGAAAGUGGUGCUGGGGAGAGCGUUCCACGUGCUGGGGGUGACCGCCCGCCACCACCCCGACCACAUGCUGCCGAGGUCGUCCGAGGUCCUCAGGCACUUCUUCAGCGCCCUCGACUAUGAGACGUCCGAGACCACCAACGUGUCCUUCCCGGUCAUCGAAGGCUGCAUGAACGGACUCACGGAGUUCCUGUACAGCUUCACGCAGAGCCGGGACGACAGCCCGGAGAACUGCGAGAGGAUCUACGGCUACCUGGAGAGGCUGUCCUCCGUGGACCCGGACGAGGAGAGGAGACGGACUGCGCUGCGAGCCGCGCUGAACCUGCUGGCGAGGCACGGCUCUCAGUUCUCGGAGCACGUGUACGCCAGCUACCGCCACUGGCACCGCUACCUGAACCAGUGGCUCCGGCGGGGACGGGACGACUCCAAGGUGGCAGUGUCGGCCCUUGCCUCCUUCUACGACCUGGUCAUGACCAGCCUGCGGACGUCGGAGGCCCACGACCGCCGCGAGGUGCUGCAGUACUUCCUGCGGUUCUUCAAGGAGAAGCUGAACGGCAGCGCGGGCAGGCAGGAGCAGCACGUCGUGAUCCAGGCGUUCGGCAGGUUCGCUGGUCCGUGCCGGGCGCUCGGCUCGCACUGCGACGUGUCCGACAUGUUCCUGCUCACCGUGCAGAAGGCAGAGGAGCUGUGCCUGGGGGGCGACGAGCGCGCGCGGGGGGAGCUGAGGUACCUUGCGGACUACGUGGCCUCUCUGGCGAGCAUCGUGGCGGAGCUGGAGACGGUGUCUCCCGACCGCCUGGCCGCCUUCCAGCGCGUCCUGGUGAGGCUGGUGGAGGCGUUCCCCGCGCUGCCGGCCCCCUUCAGGCCCCGCGCCGUGCGCGCCGCGGCCGCGGCCCUCUGCGGCGUCGCCUCCCGGGGCUCGUCCGCCCUCGAGGGACUCUUCUCCACCGUCGUGUACCACGGCGUGGUGCGCACGUGCUCGCACCGCGUGGCGAUCGACGUGGAGCUGCAGAAGGAGCGGGCGGCCGGCGACGGGGACCGGGUGUCGUACAAGGACUACAUCCCGCUGUGGACCGGACUGCUGCAGCUGGGCCAGUACAGCGCGGAUGAAGUACUGUUCUCUCGGCAUGAAGUUAUAAAGAAGAUCUACGACAAGUUUGUCAGCACAAUCAUUUUGCUGAGUGACAAGCUUAACUUGGAAACGAAAAAGAAAACUUCAAAUUUUGACAAGGAUGAUGACGUCCCAGUGCUGGACCCGGAGGCGGGGCUGGAAGCAGUCGUCCCGAGGGACUUCCAGGUGUUCAUCAACCUGUGCGACCUGAGCCGCGACGUGCUAACCUCGACGGAGGCCGCCCCCCUCUUCGCCCGCUGGGUCGGGCCGUUCUGCCGCGCGGCGGUGCGCCACAUCCACCGCCACCCGCUCGUCAGCGGCUUCUACAAGCUGCUCACCGUGGCUCUGCAGCUCUGCGACAGGCUGCACUUCUUCCAGGAUUACGCUGGGGCGGCUGACGACGGCAGGAAGACGUGUUACCUGCUGCUGACGAAGUGUCUGUCCGAGCUGACGUGCCGCUGUCAGCAGUACAAGGGAGACCUGCAGGUGUCGUGCGUGCAGGCUGUGCUGGCGGCGCCCGUGCAGCUGGUCGCCGGCUUCGUGCAGCAGGCGCAGUCGGUGUUCCAGGUUUCUUUCCGCCUGGGCCACAGCCACAUAGCGCUGGCCCACCAGGCGUUGUCGACCUUGGAGCGGUGGCACGGCUCGCUUCCGGCCAGCGACGUGAAGCCCCUGCUCCAGUCCGUGUUGCCCGAACUGGAUGCCUGCCUGCGGAGCCUGGGCGCGGAGGACCGGCCCGGCACGGACGCGGCGGAAGCCCGCGGCACGGCCAAGCGCGGGUCCGUCAGGAGCUUCGCGCGGCGCACGCACCUGCUGGAGCGUCCCGAGACGGAGCUCCUCAGGCUGCAGCGCCGGGCGCUGGCGUUCGUGGGUCAGCUGGACGGGGAAGUCGGCGCCGCGCUGGCCGGCGGCCGGGAGGCGGAGCUCGUGUCCUGGGACACCGAGCACCACUUGGAGUACGCGCUCCCCUUCCGCGACGCCAAGGUCGGCGUGAACCUGGAUGAGCUCCUGCCGCGCGUGGUGGACCUGGCCUUGAACUGCAGCAACCGCCAGACGCGCGUGGCGGCGUGCGAGUUCCUCCACGCCGCCCUCAUGUACAUGCUCGGCAGAAACGUGAGGCUGGAGCUGGCGCAGCCCGGCCACGGGCGCCAGCUGUUCGCGCGGCUGCUGCCGGCGCUGCUGCAGCUGGGCUGCGACCCGGACCAGGUGGUGCUGCAGCUGUUCAGCCCGCUGGUGCCGCAGCUGGCCCGCUGGUACUCCAGCGAGCACCAGAUACGAAGCCGGCACACCGAGGCCCUGCUGCUCGCCCUCAUGGACGGGGUAACUCAUCCGACGGACACAGCGGUGCGGGAUUACUCAGCCAGGAGCCUGCAGGAGUUCGUGGUGUGGUCCAUCAAGCACACUGCCGUGACCGAAGAGUCGAACGUCAACAUCAAAGCCGUCCUGAGGAUGAUGUGCAGUUUCUGCACUCACCCGAGUUCCGUGAAAAGGCUCGGCGGGGCGCUGGUGUUCAACAGCACGUACCGCGUGCUGCGCGAGGAGUCGUCCGUGCUGGACCGCCACUGGCUGGAGCUGCUGUACCACCUGGUGUGCAGCCUGGCGCUGCCGGGCGCCACCGACUCCACCGAUGCCAGCGCCACCGACGCGGCGCAGCAGGCGUGCCUCGCUCUGGACCGCGUGGCGCGCGUCAUCUGCGAGAAGCCGCAGCUCUUCCUUCAGGCGAGCGAGAACAGGCGGGUUCCGCCCGAGAUGGGGGCUGGCAGGCUGGAAGAUGCCGUCGAGUGGCUGCUGCGACAGUGCGGCGCGCUGCAGCCCGACUGCCGGCGCAAGAGCACGGAGCUGGUGUCUCGCCUGGCGCCCCUUCUCCCAGAGUACGGUUCUGCGGCCAGUUUCGUGCAGCGUCACACUGUCGCGGAGCUCCACGCCGUGUGCGGUGGGGACAGGCUGCCCGCCUCGUUGCCGCGGGGCGUGUCUGCGACGCAGACCAACACGUGGCUGGACGGGCUCCGGGCCGGCCUCGACUACUACCUGUGGCUCGUCGCGGAGCGACUCGUGACCCCGGAGCACGUGUUUGGGCCCGGGACAUCCGCCAGGUUGUUCCAAGCGGCAGAGUGCUUCGUGGAGCAGGUCAGCGGCGAGACCCUUGGAGACGUCGUCUCGUCCGCGGGGGGCGACGCCGGCCUGGUGUCCGCCGCGGUGGAGGCGUGCUUCGACGAGAAGAAGUGCUCCGUGGUGGUGGGCGCGCUGGACCUCGCGGAGGCCGUGCUGAGGUGCAGCGCGGCCGUCCCGGCGACCGCCCUGGGGUUCCUCUCGUCCCGGGCCUUCUGCGGGCUGGUGGCGUCUUGCGCGCUGCACCCGGUGCUGCUGGGGUUCGACGCCCGCCACCUGCGCCAGCUAGAGGCCCUCCCGGGGCUCGUGGAGCGCCUACUGCAGGCGGCGUGCCGGCACGAGGCCGUGCGCUCGGGGGUGGUGGCAGCCCUGACGGCCCGGUACGCCGCGCUCCGCGGCUCGCUGCUGGUCGACGUGGAGGCGGGCCUGAGGAGCGGCCUCGUCACCGAGCUCCUGACGCAGGUCCUCCGAGGCCUGAGGACGCUCCAUUCCUGCCGCUUGCUCCCUCUCCUCGGCAGCAAUCUCUCUGGCGAAGAACUUCUGAAUGCUGUGGUUGCUUCACUUGUGAAGACCACCGACGGUGUUACCUACAUGGUCAGGCUGCCACCAACCACGCAGAUGUUCGGAGAGUCUGUGUUGAAGUUGUCUUUCCUGUUGAGCGACCAGGUGGAUACGCUGGUGCAGUGCGUGCUGGACGAGACACGGGCGGGCGCGGAGGGGGGCGGGGCGGCCUGCUGCCUCGGCGACCACUUCCUCGGCACGUUCCGGGCGGCCGUGCUGGACCGGCUGCUGGGCCGUGCGGGGAGCAGCGCGGCUCUGCUGCUGGCCGGCGCCGUGGGCGACCGCGCGCUCGGCGUCCUCGCGCAGAUGCUCCAGCGACUGCCGCGCGUCGGCCGCGACCUCCGGCACCGCGCCUCGGCCGCGCUGAAGGGGGUCGUGGUGGCCCGCUGGGACGCCGUGCAGGCGUGGGCCGACGCGGGCGGCGCGGAGGGCGCGGCACAGCUGCUCGGGAUGCUGGGCGACCUGGCGGCCGGCCUGGAGACGGCCGUGGGCGCGCUGGCGUGCCACUCGGCCGUGGCGAGCUGGGUGGCCGCGCAGGUCGGCUCCCGGCGCCUGCAGCUGCUGCAGAAGGAGCGAGCCCUGUUCCUGCUGCUGUGCCUCACCGGCCCCGACGACGACGACAACCCCCUUCUCAGGACGGCCCUGAAGGACUUCAAGGACAUGCACGUCCCGCGCCAGACGUCGGAGCUCCCCGCCGGCAGCCUGCGGCGCUCCGGCUUCGUGUCGGCCUUCAGCCGGCUGCUGGAGGCGCUGGAGGGGUCGGGCAGCCGUGUGCUGCUGCUCGGGGUGCUGUCCAUGACGGCCGGCGACCAGGCCCACGUCUGCGAGGAGGCCCUGCAGACCACCCUGCGCUACUUCGUCACCAGGUUGCCCCCGGAGAAGCAGAGCAGCGCCCUGGAGGUGCCGUACCGUGUGUUCGCCAGCCGGGACUACGACCCCGCCAGCCGGCUCGGCGCAGCGCUCAGGUUCUGCCGCACCAUGCUGCAGCACGCCUGCGAGGAGGGCCUGAGGGGCUUCGCGACGGCGCAUGCGCGGCAGCUGCGCGAGUGGGUGUCGCAGCCGUGCCUGAGCGCCGCGCGGCCCGAGGCAGACCACCAGCUGGCGGACAGGGUCGGCGCCUGGACCGUGUUCGAGCUGCUGUUCUGCCGGCUGGACCAGUCGGAGCUGGGGUCGCCCGAGUGCCCCGUGACGCGCGCCGCCUUCCCCGGCGCCGAGCUCAGCGGCAAGGAGCUGCUCGUCGAGCUGUGCCGGAGAGCGUCCAGCGUCCGUCAAGAAACCGUGCCGGCCUCAUUGACAGACCAGGCGGAGUUGACGGAGCUCUUCCGCAAGUACCAGUGCGCGACGUACAAUGCCCUCAUCUCCAUCAUCAGCAACAGCAAGCGCACGCCGGGCGAUCUCAAGUUCUACCACACGUUUCUGUUCUCGGAAACCAGGGGCAGAGAUAAGCUGCUGUGGAGCAAGAUAGUGGACUACUCGCACGACACGGCCUUCUCCAUGGACUGGGAGGAGAUCCCCGCCCGCAGGAAGAAGCUGGUGGCCAUACGGCGCUCCAACGCGGGCGCCGCGCCAGGGGGUGGGGAGGGGGGCGUGGCCUACCCGGCGACGGGCACGCAGAUGCUGUUCGACAGCACGCUGCGGGAGGACGUGACCGGCUUCGACUUCACCCUGUCCGUGCUGGAGUCGCGGCAGGCCCUGCCGGCGCCCGGAGGGGCAGACGCCCUGGAGGUGCUCCUGGAGAUGGACCGCAUCAACGAGCACGAGUGCAUGCCCUCGCUGUGCGGCCUGGUGCGACACCUCGUCGAGCACGGCAUAUCCCCUCCCCCCGAAGGGGACCCUCCGUCCCCGCCGUGCUGGAUGGAAGCGAUCAAAAGGAGCUUGGAAGAUGAUCAGAACCCUCGCAAUGCGCACCUUUUCAUCCUGAAACUCAUUCUGAACUGUGAGUCGUAUUUCAAGCCUUACGCCCACUUCUGGUUCGCCCCCGUCAUGAGAGUGCUGCUGAGCGGCUGUGCCGGCUCCAACAUCAACUACAUGUUCACGGACGUCGUGGCGAUGCUGCUGGAGUGGAAGGACGUGGCGAUCCCCAACUCGAACGACAUCGAGCGGCACUUCGCCAGCCAGAUCUUGGACUUCUUCAUGAGGAACGUCGACAGCAGCCGUCGCGACGUGUUCAAGUACAACUUGGACGUCGUGAAAACAAUCGUGGAGCUGUGGAAGCCGUGUCUGGACCUGCCCUACCAGUUGUUGUUGGACAAGAUACGCCCCCAGGAAAACAGCCCCACUUAUGUUGUUGCCGGUUUGCAGCUGGCGGCGAUCCUGCUGGCGAACGGCCUCGAGCCGUGGAACGCCGUCGCAAGGCCGUCGUUCCUCGAGCAGCUGAUCUCCAACUUGGAUUCCAGCAGGUCCGAGGUGUACCUGGCCUGUGCGGAGGUGGUGGGGAUGGCGCUGAAGGCGCUGGGCGUGGGACGGGACGCGGAGCCGACCGGAGACGCGGCAGUCUUACUGAACGGGACGAAGCAGAAGAUGAGGCAUUGGGGAACGUCUGCCUCGAUGGUAAACAAGUUCCUGCUGUGCCUGCACGCCGCGGGGAAGCACUGCGGCGCGGUGGCGGGGGAGUUCGCGGCCCUCCUCUACUCCCGGGUGCUGAAGCUGAGCGGCCCGCACCUGGCCAAGUGCCUGGAGAUGAUCGGCUGGUGUCCGGAGACCACGCUCGAGCUGGCAGCCGUGGACGCGGAGCGGUUCCUCGCGUCCCACGACCCUGACGUCCAGGAGGCGGCCCUCGCUGCGUUCGGCCGGGCGGUCCGGCUCAUGGACGCCGGCCGGCUCCAGAGCAUGGUCUCGCACGCCCCCCGCCUUGCGUCGCACCCGUCGCCCGCCUGCCGGCGCGAGAUGCUCAGCAUCCUCGCCUGGGUCUACAGCGAGUACGCCGGGAACACGUCACCGGAAGGACGCCAGCUGUUUGAGGAGAGCAAGAUGGGCCUGGUUAGAGGCCUGGUCGACGCAGAUGACGCUAUUCAAGAGACUGUAUGCAGCUUCUGGGCGGACAACGCGCGCCUGCCCGCGGCGACGGGCCCGCGGCUCGUGGCGCUCGUGACGGAGCUCUACUCGCCGGCCACGGAGGAGCUCCUGACGGGGAGCCUCGCCCGCCUCGCGCUGCAGCCCGCCGACCACGGCGCCAGGAUGUUCGACCAGCCCCUGGGCGAGUGUCGCUUCGAGGAGUACCGCCCGCUGGUGUCGUGGCGCGCCCAGCACGCCACGCUCGCGCCGCUGUUCGCCGACACGCUGGCCAGCCAGCUGCGCGGCGGGGACGCGGGGACGCUCGCCCCGGGGGUGCGCGCCACCCAGGCCAGCCUCGCCUUCCAGCCCACCGUCGACGCUAGCGGUGGAGCCGACGCGUCGGUUGCCAGCCUCAGCACGUUCUCCUCGGCCAGUUCCAGUGGCACGCUGUUUACUCUGGGCAGUGGCUCUCAGACGUCGGAGCUGAACACCACGAGGUCCCACCUGCAGUUUGGGUUCGCCAGGCCGGAAACCACCAGGUCGUUCCUGAGGCGGAGGUUCCUGAGGAACCAGAGCGACGUGCGGGAGGGUUUCGCCCGGCGCGAGGUCGGCCGCAGCCUGCUGCGACAGGAGCUGCAGAGAGAGAGCGGGCGGCGGCGGGAGGCGACGGUGGCACUGUACCGCACCUACAGGAGGGGCGAGCUGCCCGACGUCGAGAUCCCGCACUCCGCCCUCAUCAGGCCCCUGCAGGCGCUCGCCAAGCUAGACAGCUCGGUGGCGAGCCAGGUGGUGGUGGCGCUGUUCGCGGGCCUGGCGAGGGGGGCGGGGAGCGAGGAGGACAGACGGGCGCUGCUGCGCGGGGCGGAGUCCGCGCUGGGCCACGUGCUCCGGUCCACCGUGCAGUGCUGCCCGCCCGUCGUCGAGACCCUGCUGAAGAUGGCCCUCCCGCACACCGCCCACGUCCGGCUGGAGCCCCGGCUCGUGGUCUCGGCCUGCAGAGCGAGCGGUCUGUACUCGCUGGGCGCCCUGGUGCUGGAGAAGAUGCUGCUCGACGCCUCGGAGGAGUUGGUAUCCGUGACGCCAGCGAAGCGGGCCCGCACGGAGCAGUCCCAGGACGACGGGUUGUGGCUGCAACUGGCGGAGCUGUACAGCGGGCUGGAGGAGUGGGACGUGGUGCGAGGCGUGUUCAGCGACAAGCUGCGCUGCUCGCGCGCCAUGCGGGAGGCCCUGGUCGCGGAGUCGGGCCGCGACUGGCACGCCGCGCAGGCCGGCUACCUGGAGGCCGUACAGCAGGACUGCUGCUACCGCGACUACUGCCGCCAGGCCUACUACAAGUGCUUGUCGCACCUCAGCAAGUGGGAGGAGCUCAGGGCACAAGUGUACGAGUGCGCGGAGAAAGACGCCGACAACUUGUGGAGCGACCAGUGGUCUCAAGAGAACGCGCUGCCGUGGUUCCUGUCGUCGGAGCUGCAGCUGCAUCUGCAGGUGCUGGGUGCGUCGGGGGAGGGGGCGAGCGACUGGCCCGCGAUGCGCAAGGUGCAGGAUUGGCUGGAGAACGACGAGAAGGCUCAGCUUCUCAAGUGCAACUACAGCGAGGUGCUGGCGAUGAUGUGGCUGCUCAAGGGCAACUACGGCUUGGCCAAUCACCACGCAGCUCACCAGGUGAACAUGUUCCUGGCGUCGUGGGCUCACCUCAACCCCCUGGCUCGCAGGAGCAGGGCCAGCAUGGUGCGCGCCCUGGGACGGGCAGUCGACAUGCACACUUACCUGGAGGUGGCAUCUAUUAAAAGCACAGAAAACUAUCAGCAGAACAUUGAAAGUUUGAUGGACAAAUGGUUGAGAAGUGUCCCAAGUGAGAACGAUUCACUUGUGGUUUGGGAUCAGCGUAUUGCUUACAGGGUCGGCUUCACGAGGCAGAUUGAAGAGCGACUGGCCUCGCUGGGCGCGGACGAUGCGGCCCUCCUGCGCAGACUGGCGUCCACCGAGUCGGAGAUGGAGCUGAGGCUGGUGGACGCCGCGCUGGGCCAGGGCAACUUCCACCUCGCGCGGUGCUACCUCUCCAGGACCAAGUCCGCGGUGAGCGGCCUGGGCUCCGCGGAGCUGAGCGCCCGCUGGACCCUGGGCUACAGCCGCCUGCUGCGACUGCGGGCCGACCAGGAGGGGGAGACCCCCGCACAGUUCCUGCACGUGCUGAAGGCCUGGAAGGAGCUGGACUCCGUGUUGGGGACCGUCACGUCGUCGCACGGACACCUGCUCGUCGAGACCUACCGACACCAGAGCGCGCUGUGCCAGGAGAUGAUGCGUUUGAUUGGCCGCGACGCUUCUGUUGUCGGGUCCGACGGCGAUGCCAAGGUUGCACAGCUGUUCCGCCAGCUGGCGCUCCCUCGUGACAGUGGUGCCGAUGCAGUCAUGAAAAAAUUGGGAUCUUUCGGACUGAGCUGCCUGGAGAAGGCCGUUGGGGGCUUGGCGGAGCGACAACAAGGGGAAGAAAUGGCGGAGGCGUACCUCAACAUUGCGCAGUACUGCAGAUCUGAUGCCUCCGUGGCCAGAGGCCAGGUCGCCUCGGCGGGACCACGUGAGGACGCGGCCUGCCGUGUUGUUGGCGCAGUGGUGAAGACAGGCGUGGGCGGGGAACUGGACCGCCACGUGGUGCAGUCCAUCCUGCGGGCCAUGAAGCUCGGCUCCCGGGAGGCACGGCAGCUGUUCGCGUGCGUGCUGCGCGUCCCGGGCCUGGGCUCCGUGCACAGGCACACCUUCGUCACGGAGAGCGCGGCCGUGCCGGAGUGGAUGUUCCUGGGCUGGGCGGGCCAGAUCCUGGCGUGCCUGGACGCGGCCGACGGCGUGCCCGGCGCGCUGGAGGACGUUGCGCUCCGCCUGGCACGGUCCUACCCGCAGGCCGUCGUCUUCCCCUUCGGCAUCAGCCGCGACAAGUACGCCUUCAGCGACGACGAGGAGGGCCGUCGCGCCCGCGCCCUCGUCCUCAGGCUGAGCAAGAUUCUGCAGGGAAACCGGCUCCUGGAAACGUUCGUGGAAGCGCUCACCUGCCUCGCGCCACCGAAACUCAUCUUGGAGUACCACUUGAAAGCCCUGCAGGCGUGUCUGCAGGAGUCCCCGUUCGAUCCCGCCAAGUUCCGCGAGAUGCUGCGGGUAGCCUUGAAGGAGUCGUUCUCGUCGGGAGACGGACGGCCGAGGCUUCACGGCAAGCUGUUCGAUCUGGAGAAGUACCGAGAGACGCUCGUGCGCAUCACCGGCGCUGAUGGUUCCAGGGUCAAUAGCAGAAACGUUAGGGAUGCGUUGGAACGUUUGAAGAAACUGGAAAUCCAGGUGUCCGGCGAGAAGUUGAAGAAUAGUACCAACCUCUCCGACUUCUCCCCGUGGCUCGGUGAGUUCCAGGCGUCGAAGUUCACGGAUGAGAUCGAAGUGCCGGGCCAGUACACCGGGGACAAGCGACCUUUGCCUCACUUGCACGCCAAAGUCAUCAGUUUUGGGAAAACCGUACGGGUGCAACAGUCGCUGCGCAGGCCCGUGCGUCUCACCGUGAACGGCAGCGACGCGCGGGAGCACGGCUUCCUGGUGAAGUUCGGGGAGGACCUGCGCCAGGACCAGCGCGUGACGCAGCUGCUGCGGCUGAUGGGCGAGACCCUGGAGCGCGACGCGCCGUGCCGCGAGCGCGGCCUGUGCGUGGGCACGUAUGCCGUGGUGCCGCUCAGCAGCCGCGUGGGGCUCAUCCAGUGGCUGGACGACACCCUCACGCUCGACGCCCUCUUCAAGAGGGCCGUGACUCAGGAGGAGGCACACAGCGUGGAACAAAUAAGACAGUCGUACAACAGGUGGAUAUGCGGGAAUUCCAGAACCAGUUUCCCGGCUCGUUCAGCGGACUACGUUGCAGCGUACAGCAGAUACACCAGGGAACAGACUGUUGAUAAGUUCUCAGCACUUGUCGCCCAGCUGCCUUUGGAUAUUUUGCGGCGUUCCCUGGAGUCGCUGAGCAUCUCCCCGGAGGCGUUCUUCGCGCUGCGCCACAACCUGGCGGCGAGCUACGCGGCGGCGUGCGCGUGCCAGUGGCUGCUGGGCGUGGGGGACCGCCACCCGGGCAACUGCCUCGUGUCCCUGCGCGACGCCCGCUGCGUUGGCAUCGACUACGGCCACGCCUUCGGCACGGCCACGCAGUUCCUGCCCGUGCCCGAACUGGUGCCCUUCCGCCUCACGCCGCGCCUCGUCGGCCUCAUGCGGCCCUUCGAGCUGAGCGGUGUUUUUUACGAAACGAUGGUUUGCGUGCUGCGUGCGGUGCGCUGCAACCACGACGUGUUGCUGGCGACGAUGGAGGUGUUCGUCCAGGAGCCAUCGCUCGAUUGGCUGGAUUGUGCGAAGAAGCAGGGCAGCCACCUGUCAGGUGCGAGUGGCGACCAGCGACAGGCAGAUGAAGAGAAGUGGUACCCGCGCCAGAAGGUGCAGCUGGCGCGCAGGAAGCUGCAGGGAGCCAACCCGGCCGCCGUCACCCUGGAAGAGCUCCGCGGCCGCGGGGGGAGCAGCGAGUGUUUCGCGGCCGUCGCGAAGGGCGACCCCGCCCACAACGUGCGGGCGCGCAUGGCCGGCGACCGCCUGUCGCCCGAGGACCAGGUGUACUGCUUACUGGACCAAGCCACCGACUACCACAUCUUAGGAAAGACCUGGGCCGGUUGGCAGCCCUGGCUUUAGCUCUGCCCAACUGCGACGUACAGUCCAACACACUGCAAGCACAUGUCCUGUGCUUUGUCAGUGCGAUGGUUCGUUUGUUGUGUCCUACCAAUUUUAUUUUUGAUACUUGUCGAAACUGCUAGUCUACAAAAGGCUGAUGCUGAUUAUCGAAGUAUGUUUAAAUUUUUUUUCAAAAUUUGUUUCUACUUUUUAUAUUGUCCUAAUAAAUUUUUAAAUGCAAUAUUUUGCUGUGAAAACAUGUUUCAGGGUAUUUUAGAUUAGUAUAUUGUACAGUAGAUAUAGGUACAUGUAUUGCUGGAUUUAUAGAAUAUAAAAAUCAUAAAUGUGUUCAUUU